AUGAUCCACACCGGGAAAUGGCCCUACGAGUGUGGGGAGUGUGGGAAGGGCUUCACCUUCAAAUCCAACCUUGUCAUCCACCAAUGCAUCCAUACUGGGGAGAGGCCCUAUGAGUGUGCCCAGUGUGGGAAGAGGUUUCAGACCAGCUCCCAUCUCCUCCUGCAUGAGCGGAUUCACACGGAGGAGAGGCCCUUCCGCUGCCCUGACUGUGGAAAGGGCUUCAAGCAAAACUCUGCCCUUGUCAGGCACCAUCGCCUCCACAGCGGGGAGAGGCCCUACGAGUGCCCCACAUUUGCCGGGCGGGCCCGCAGAGCCCGGCGGCCCCGCCAGCGGAAUUUCGGGCUCGGCCCGGGGGGACGGAUCCGCACCGGGGGGGGCCCCGAGCCCCCUGCCCACCCCUGGGGCCGAUCGGGGGCUCCCCGAACCCAGCAGCCGGUGCUGCGGCGGCCGCGGGGCAGAGGGGUGGGAAAGGGAGCUCCGGGCUGGGAGCGCAGGGAAUGCGGGAGGAAGAGGAGGGACAGGAGGAGAAGGAGGAGGAGCAGCAGGAACAGGAGCGGGAGAAUCCCGGCGCUCGCACCGCUCGCACGCUGGGUCUGCAGCACCCCCUGCCCCGGGAGCAUCGCCCCCAGCCCCGAACCGCAGGAUUUCUCAUUCCCAAAGCUUGGCUGGAUGGAGGAGGAGGAGGCUGCGAGGAAGAGGAAGAUGCCCCAGGACACCCAGGCAGAGCAGGAGCUGAGGAUGGAGCCCAGGGAGGACAAAUCCCCACGGCAGAACCUCCUGGAAGAGGCCGUUUUGUGCGGCUCCACGGUGCAGGAACCCAAUAAGGAGGAAAAGCCCCGGAGAUGCCGCAUGAGGAGGGGCUGCAAAUGCAGAUUGCAGGGAUCUGAAGAGGAAAGGCCCAUCCUGGGUCAGGAAGGUGGGCAGAGCUUCAACCAGAGCUCGGAGCUGGUGGUCCAUGAGCAGCUUCAUGACAGGGAGAGGCCCUACAAGUGCUUGGAGUGUGGGAAGGGCUUCAGGAGGAGUUUCAAUCUGAUCUGCCACCAGAGGAUCCACACUGGGGAAUGGCUCUAUGAGUGCUUGGAAUGUGGGAAGGGCUUCAAGCACAACUCCACCCUUGUCACCCACCAGCGCAUCCACACCGGGGAGAGGCCCUACGAGUGUCCCCAGUGUGGGAAGAGCUUCUCAGACUGCUCACUCUUUACCCGACAGCAACAGUGGCACCGGUAAGGGAAGCCCUGCGAGAGCCCCUCCUGCAGGAAGAGCUUCGUGCGCUGCUCCAGCUUCAACUCCCCAUCAGAGGACCCCCACUGGUCAGAGCCCUGGUGACCCACGUUCCCUGUGAUACACAGAGGGAAGUGGCUGCUGUUCCUUUUAUCUUGUCUCUUAUUAUCUUUUAUCUUCCUCCCUUCAAAACACAGAAAAUUGGGGUAAAAAUCAACAAAUUUAUCAAAGGCA